AACAUUACAUUCCCCACGCUGGUAGUUGAUAUUUCGAGCUCUCGCACGCCUAAAAUAGACGACCGCCAGCGGGAUUGCUCAGUGGCUCCGUCAGCUUCCAGGCUGGGUUACGUCACGGCCGGACGCUUGGCAGCUCGGGACUCAGCAUCAGCGGUUCAUCAACGACACCUUAAUCAGCGUUGCCCUUUGUUGCACUGUCUACUCUCUUCACAGUCUCUCUGCUGAAUCGCAGUCCUUCCGCCGCACCCGCGCCGAGUGUCGCACCGACUACGUACAAGGUUCACCUGCCCGUGCCGCACAGGCAGCCUCGCGCAUGCGCACGCCCAACCUCACCAACACUUGCACCCUCACAACACCGACACAAUGAACGGCGGCUGGGUCUUCCUGAUUAUCCUGCUUCUGCUCGUCUCGGGCGCCUAUUUUGGAUGGUACUUCUAUGCCCAAUGGAACGCCAAGAAGAAUGGACUGCCACCGCCGUCGAUGAACCCGAUUGCCGCCUUCAAGGCCUCGCGCGGCGGCGAUUCGAAUUACCCUGGUCCUGCACCAACCGGCAUCAAGGGAUGGAUUGACACGCAAGUGCGCAAGUUCAAGAACCGAAACAACCGCUCUGCCGCGGGUGCCUACGAGGGCGACUACGCAGCGACUGGCGGCGCACAGCGAGGCCGCGGCGCUGGCAGCCGGCUCGACCCGGACGAGGCGUGGUCAGCACGUGUUGGCGACGAGGCAUACUAUGAGGAGCAGGAGCUCGGUCUGCACGAGCCCGCGCGCGGCGCCAACCCGUACGCGUCUACCAACUACGCGCCCCAGCCCUCCGAGGAGCGCGGACGCAGCCGCACACGCGACAGCUACGAUGAUCACCUCGACGCAAGGACCGCGCGCAACGAUCCAUUCGGCGACGAGAAUGCCACGAGUCUGCGUGGCGUUAGCCCGCGCCCGCUGACGUACGGCGAGGACACAAGCUACCACGGUGGAGCCACGGCUCAGAUGCCCCAGGUCCCGCAGAUCAAGACACAAAAGAAGUCGGAGAGCGCGAAUAGCGACGAGAACAGUCCGACGGAGAGCAGGAGGAGCGUCUUCAGGGAGGCGAUAUAAGAGGAUGAGUUGUCCGUGAUCACAAGGCGGUUGUGGUCGAACGGGAGCGUAGACUUAUGAUACCUCAUGUACGACCGGUGUUUGUUGGGAUUGGGACUGUCAAGGAGUAUAUACCUUUGCUUUUGUUCAAAAGAUCUGUUUUAUGCCUGAACUUGCCACGUUCCAUCCCAGUCCAGGCUGUCGACAUCCUGAACACGGAGAUGCAUCGUCACAGAAUGCGAGGCAUUAUCAACCUUAAUCUUCAUAUCCUCUACUUCUUCGCAUCCUCCCAUUCAGCC